AUGUCAUUAAAAGAAGUAAUCACAUCUUUAAAAAAUGAUUUCCAUUCUAUUAAUAAAGAAAUUGAUUCAAUGAAAGAAAAUAAUGAAAAACAAGAGGAUAAAAUUUUUCAAGAAAUUAAAAAAUUAAAAUUAGAAAUGGAAUUAUUAAGAAAGGAUAAUUUAUCAUUUAAAACAACAAUACAAUCUCUAUCAGAUUCUAUAAAUAGUUUGUCAAGUGUUGAAUCAACAUAUGAUUCUGACCUUUAUUACGAUGACGAUGAAUAUUCAACUAUCUACUUGUAA